AUGCUCGACGUUCUAUUGGCUCGAUCGAAGUUCGUUCAGACAGUGUAUGGAGGAAGGGCAGUGCUUGGGCAGUGCAGUUUGCACGUUGAUGAGGACACACAAUUUAUAUGUGACCCUGGGUUGGCCAAAAACAUGAACAAUCCUGCGUUCUUCGCUGGUAACCCAAAGAUGGGAAUCAAUGGCAUUGAUGGCAUGAGCCAUUAUUCAUUCGCAAAUGUGAUGAAUCCGGUUGUGGAUAUCUCGAGGUUCCUUCCCAAUAUGGUUGAUAUACGCCGUCUUUCGACGAACAUAUGGGGUGCUUUUUCUGGAGAACACCAUGAGCAAAGGACAACAGAAGGCUUAUUUGGUACCUUCGUGUUCGGGGCUUCCAGGAGGCAAGUCCAGGAUGACCGAGGACUUUGCGAGUUUGACUGCAGAGAUCUUCGCUUAGCGCAGGCAGUACAUUUGCCAGAAGACGCAAGACCAUGCAACGAGCUUCACCCGCAAGAGUUUCCCCUCUGCACUGAGAGCCUAGGAUCAAGGUUUGGCAGGCUGCAACCUAUGUUUGGCAUAUCUUACGGCAUACCGUUCGAAGACUUAAUAGUGAAAGAGAUGGAAGGCAUCAAUAUCAAAAAGCCCAUCGAUGUAUGCAAAAGACCAUUGCGGAUGACUGGUUACAUUUUGCAGUUUUCGGGCACAAAACAGACGUAUUAG